GUUGGGGUAGGGCGGGAGCCCCAGGCCCCGGGGAUGAGCUGGAAGACUUGCUGGCUGGACUGAGGGACCGUCCCUCCAGCGCGGUGGAAUGCGAUGUGAAUUCUGGGGUGUUGAUGACUUACAAUGCCUGAUCAAGACAAAAAGGUGAAGACCACUGACAAAUCAACGGACCGGAAGCAGCCAGGAAGCACCCCCAGGGACUACUCAGAUCUUAAAAGACUCCGGUGCCUUUUGAACGUCCAGUCAAGCAAACAGCAGCUUCCAGCCAUUAACUUUGACAGUGUCCCAAAUAGCAUGGUGAAGUCGGAGGCUGCCAUCAAGGCAGGGGGGCCCCGAGUUCGAGGUCAAUGGCAUGAGUCCACAGAAGCUGUUGAACUUGAAAAUUUUAGUAUAAACUACAAGACGGAGAGAAACUUCAGCAAACACCCUCAGCAUCAGUUAUUUCAGGAGAUUUUCACAGCCUUAGUGAAGAAUAGACUUAUAUGCAGAGAGUGGGUUAAUCGAGCCCCAUCCAUCCAUUUUCUGAGAGUGUUAAUUUGUCUGAGGCUACUAAUGAGGGAUCCAUGUUAUCAGGAAAUACUCUACAACUUGGGUGGCAUUGAGAACCUAGCGCAGUACAUGGAGAUGGUGGCUCACGAGUACCUCGGCUAUGGGGAAGAGCAGCACAGCGUGGACAAGCUCGUCAACAUGACAUACAUUUUCCAAAAACUUGCUGCCAUCAAAGACCAGCGAGAAUGGGUCACAGCAAGCGGUGCGCACAAGACAUUAGUAAAUUUGCUUGGUGCUCGAGACACUAGCGUCCUACUGGGUGCUCUUUUGGCCCUGGCUAGCUUAGCAGAAAGCCCAGAAUGUAGGGAGAAGAUAAGUGAACUCAACAUUGUAGAGAAUCUGUUGAUGAUUUUACAUGAGUACGACUUGCUUUCCAAAAGACUCACGGCAGAGUUGCUGCGCCUCCUGUGCGCCGAGCCCCAGGUGAAGGAGCAGGUGAAGCUGUACGAGGGCAUCCCGGUCCUGCUCAGCCUGCUGCACUCGGACCACCUAAAGCUGCUCUGGAGCGUCGUGUGGAUUCUGGUCCAGGUUUGCGAGGACCCCGAGACCAGCGUGGAGAUCCGCACCUGGGGAGGCAUCAAGCAGCUGCUUCACCUUCUGCGCGGGGACAGAAAUUUUGUUUCUGACCGCUCCUCCAUCGGCAGCCUGUCUAGUGCAAAUGCUGCAGGCCGGAUCCAGCAGCUUCAUUUGUCAGACAAUUUAAGCCCUCGGGAAAUACAGGAAAAUACUUUCUCCCUUCAAGCAGCCUGCUGCGCGGCCCUCACAGAACUGGUGCUGAAUGACACCAACGCCCACCAGGUGGUUCAGGAAAAUGGUGUAUAUACUAUCGCGAAACUAAUUUUACCAAAUAAACAAAAGAACGCAGCAAAAACGAAUCUAUUACAGUGUUACGCUUUCAGAGCCUUGAGGUUCCUCUUCAGUAUGGAAAGAAACAGACCCCUGUUUAAAAGACUCUUCCCCACUGACCUGUUUGAGGCCUUCAUUGACAUAGGUCAUUAUGUUCGUGAUAUCAGCGCUUAUGAAAAAGUGGUAUUGAAGCUGAAUGUGUUAGCGGAAGAUGAACUGAAGCAAAUUGCUGAGAAUAUUGAGAGCAUUAAUCAGAACAAAGCUCCUUCAAAAUACAUAGGCAACUAUGCGAUUCUGGAUCAUCUUGGAAGUGGGGCUUUUGGCUGUGUUUAUAAGGUUAGAAAGCGGAGUGGGCAAAAUCUUUUAGCAAUGAAAGAGGUGAAUUUGCAUAACCCAGCAUUUGGAAAGGAUAAAAAAGAUCGAGACAGCAGUGUAAAGAAUAUUGUUUCUGAAUUAACAAUAAUUAAAGAGCAGCUCUAUCACCCCAAUGUUGUUCGUUAUUACAAGACAUUCCUGGAAAAUGACCGAUUAUAUAUAGUUAUGGAGCUUAUUGAAGGAGUCCCCCUGGGGGAGCAUUUCAGUUCUUUGAAGGAGAAACAACACCAUUUCACCGAAGAAAGGCUAUGGAAAAUAUUUAUACAGCUGUGUUUAGCACUUCGGUAUUUACACAAGGAGAAGAGGAUUGUCCAUAGAGAUCUGACACCAAACAACAUUAUGUUGGGGGAUAAGGACAAAGUAACCGUUACUGACUUUGGCCUGGCAAAGCAGAAACAAGAAAACAGUAAACUCACAUCUGUGGUUGGGACCAUCUUGUAUUCCUGCCCAGAAGUAUUGAAGAGUGAGCCGUAUGGGGAGAAGGCAGAUGUCUGGGCUGCGGGCUGCAUCCUUUAUCAGAUGGCAACUUUGAGCCCUCCCUUCUGCAGCACCAACAUGCUCUCAUUAGCCACGAAAAUAGUGGAGGCUGUGUAUGAACCAGUGCCAGAAGGCAUCUACUCUGAAAAAGUGAGGGAUACCAUCAGCAGGUGCCUCACUCCUGAUGCGGAUGCCCGCCCUGACAUUGUAGAAGUCUGUUCCAUGAUAUCUGAUGUCAUGAUGAAGUACUUAGACAACUUGUCUACAUCUCAGCUGGCCUUGGAGAAGAAACUGGAGCGGGAGCGCAAGCGCACACAGAGAUAUUUUAUGGAAGCCAACAGGAACGCCGUCACCUGCCAUCAUGAGCUCGCUCUGCUGUCUCAGGAACCCUUUGAGAAGGCAAGCUUGAGUAGCAGCAGCAGUGGGGCGGCCAGCCUGAAAAGUGAGCUUUCAGAAAGUGCAGACCUGCCCUCCGAAGGCUUCCAGCCCCCCUGUGGGAAGGAAGAGGACCGGGUCUGUGAGGAAAUACUGUCAGAUGACCACUUCCACCUGGAGAGUAUUGAGAAAGAUUUAUAUUCCGAGCUGGAUGAUGAAUUGGACAUCUCAGAUAACUUCAGCAGCUCCAGCUCAAGCCCUUUGAAAGAAUCGACAUUCAGCAUACUAAAGAGAAGUUUCAGUGCUUCGGGAGGAGAAAGGCAAUCGCAAACAAGAGACUUCAUUGGUGGCAUAGGCUCAAGACCUAGACCAGCAUCUGCAGGAAUUGCUGUAUCCCAGAGGAAAGUGCGCCAAAUCAGUGACCCCAUCCAGCAGAUAUUAAUUCAGCUGCACAAAGUCAUCUACAUCACACAGCUUCCUCCAGCUUUGCAUCACAAUUUGAAAAGAAGGGUUAUAGAGAGAUUCAAGAAAUCCCUCUUCAGCCAGCAGAGUAACCCUUGUAAUUUGAAGUCUGAAAUUAAAAAGUUAUCUCAAGGAUCUCCAGAACCAAUUGAGCCCAACUUUUUUACAGCAGAUUACCACUUAUUACAUCAUUCAUCAGAAGGAAACAGCUUGUCCCUAAAUGACCAAACAGGUCUCCCCACUAGCUUUGAUUUGGAAGAGGGAAUCACAUAUGAACAAAUGCAGACUGUGAUUGAAGAAGUCCUAGAGGAGAGUGGCUAUUAUAAUUUUGUAUCUAACAGGGACCUCUCUGAAUCUUCUAGGUAUCACUCCUACCCAUGGGGGACCAAGAACCACCCAACCAAAAGAUGAAAACACUGCAUUUUGAAUGGACUUGGUUUCCCCAGUGAAGUUCAAGUUCUGGACUUCAGCCACCACUUCAAGAUGCCCAAGGACUGGAUGUUGCUAAAGGGUGUGGAAGAGAAAAGCAAAGCAAA